GUUUUUGUCUUGUUUCAAAUAUUUAUUUGAAAUUUAAGAGAGGAAAACUAGUUGCAAUUGGAGUUUUAGGCAUAAUUUAGUUCGGUGCUUAUAUAUAAAGUCAGUGAACUUGGAUUCUUAGUUGUUUGGAAAACUUUUCUAAUAAAUUUGCUUGUUGGAUUUAUUACAAUGGGUGACUACAAGCUACUCAAUAAGGAGUUAGUCGAUGCUAAUAGAGAAUUAAAACAAACUAUUGCAACAUAUCAAAAUGAAUUGGUUUUAACGCGUGCAGAGUUAAUGGAACAGCAUCGAAUACGUGUUGAGGGCGAGCGCGAAUAUCGUGAUCGCGUACUCUCAUUAGUAGCACAUAAUUUUAUGGCAUUAAUGCGUGAUAUCGAUGCCAACGUAAAUGUAAAAGAAUUACUGAGUUGUAAUAGUUGUGAACAAAACUCAAAUUACACCAAUACUGUUAAUGCUAAAAGUGAUAGCGCCAGUUUCAGACGAAGAAGCACACAUCUUGUCAGAGAAUUUCGUCGUUCUAGUGCAGUGACCCGCCAAAAUAGUAUACAGUUGUCGCCAACACGACGACCAUACGAAAGUCAUGCUAUUAUCGAGCAAACUGAAACCAGUAAAUUAGAAGAAUCUGAAUCUGGUAGUGAUAUGGAUUUGGAAAACUCUAUAACUGAAGAUAAUGUAAUUGAUGUAGAACGCGAAGAGAGCUACGAAAAUGCAGAUUUGCAUUGCAUAAGGGAAGCCAGUGAAGAAGAAUGUGAAGAAAAUGAUGACGGUAGAAAGUGUACAGUAGUUGAUAAACGGAAUAGGCAACCAAUCAGAGAUAUAUCCAAUAUUCAUAAGGAGCAAGUCGAAAACAGAUAUUAUGUCACAAAACGUGGAAAAGAGCGUAAUCGGCGCAGUGACAGUGAAAAUUCUAUAGAAGUUCCACGUAAUGUGGAUGUUGAUGGCAUGGAAGUAGAGGAUGAUUUGAUUCAGACAAUGAACCAAACGUUACAUGUUUCGGACAGCCAAAUAACAGAUAAUAAUGAUAAGUGGAUGGAAGUGAAUCCAGAAAAUUUUAAACGUCAUGUUGUAGUGAAAGUUAAACGAAUGCAUGAACCACAACCGGCAGUAGUACACUUGAACUCUAAAGAGAACACACUUAUACCAGAAUAUGAGAUUUCAGUCGAAAACAUAAGAAAUGAUGAGUUAAGUUUGGGUAUAACCCAAUUUUCUAUGGGUAAUUUCUUGGAAGCAUCCUGCAGUACGCCAUGUCAUGGCAUGAAAGCAGCAAUGGCAGAGGGAACGACUGAUGAAACCAAUUGCGAUGGCUCAUGCAGUGUGUCAUCACAGACAACAAGCCUAUGCUUGCGGCCAUCACGCAGAUGUGCGCCAACAACUUUAGCGGAGCCUAGUUUAAGAGUAAAACUACGAAGCGAUAGUGGCAAAAGGAAAGGAUCUACGAAGAAGCGUUAAAUAAUAUUUAGUUAUUAAAAAGUUAUGCAAGAUUCUUUUAAUAAUAUUGUCAUAGUCAUUAGUUCCACUCAUGAUACUGUUUAGUAUUUAUUUUUCAAGUAGUUUGUGUUAGCUGCAAUUGAAAUUCUGGGGAGAAUUUGUAAUAAUAAAGCCUACAUUUUUUAUACCAGUAAUUGAGCAUUUCUGUAUGAAUACAGAGCUCCAACAAGCAUAAAACAAAGUAAACUGAUUUUUUCCUUAGCUCAUUAGUUAGUUAUUAUAAAAACAACAAGCGACGAAAUAAGUCGUUUGCUAGUAUUGAUUUUGGUUUAAAAGCACUAGUUAUUAAAUAAAGAAGACGCUAAAUUUAUGUAUAACGGAGAUAAGAAAAGGAACCGGUGUAGUGGUACUAUUAUACGAAAUUGUUGUUUGUUAUUCCUAUUGUUUGCACAAAUUAGAGUAGUAUUGUAUAUUAUCGAGUUUAUUGCCAGUUAUACUGCCAUUACUUUAUUAUAAGUUUUAUACAUUAUACGAAUGCGAUUAAAAGUUUAAGUAGAAAAAGUUUUAAUUUGUAAUAAUAUUAAAUUUCAUAAUCCACAAUUCAGGAAAUUUAAUACUGAAAUUGGAAAACUAGCUGCUAUUGUAAUUAUCGGCAAGAUUUGGCUCGGUAGUUAAAUAUAAAUAAGUGAACUUGGAUUCUUAGCGAUUUGGAGCAUUUUCUUAAUAAAUUUGCUUGUUGGAUUUAAAACAAUGGGUGACUACAAGCAACUCAAUAAAAGUUAGUCGAUGACAACAGAGUAUUAAAACAAACCAUUGCUGCAUAUCGAAAAGAAUUGGGCUUAAUACGUGCAGAGUUAUUGGAACAGCAUCGUAUACGUGUUGAAAGCGAACGCGCAUAUCGUGAUCAUGCGCUCUCGUUGGUAGCACACAAUUUUAUGGCAUCAGUGCAUGACAUCGAUGCUAACAUUAAUGUGCCAGAAUUUGUAUAUAAUAGCAGUUAUGAAAGUUUAUGUUCAAGUUGUACCUAUGACCCAAGUACUGAAAAUGAUAACACCAGCUGCAGGCAUAGAAACUCAAAUCUUGUUAGAGAAUUUCACCGGUCAAGGGCAUAAUUUUCCUAUACCUGCAAUAUAAAUAUUUUUCUUGAAAUACAUAAGCCGUUUCUUAUAAUCAAAUGUAAUGUAAGAGACGAAUAGCUUACAAUAUAGUAUUUAUCAAAUAUUGGGAA